AUGUCUGACACGGAGGAAGAUUCGACCUGUUCCGAUGGCUGGCCCAUCAACGAGGACUGGCUGAUGGAGGUGCUGAAGAAGCACCACGAGGUACGCUCCGGUAUCAGUAUUACCGAGUUCAAAGUGCGACAAGGUUGCCAGGAGGGCGUCAACAAUCUCAGCGACAUACUGGCCGUCGCGGUGGUAUACGAGUUCGAGGGUAACGAGAACGAGCAGGACAGAGCACGACAGAGCUUGGACAUUGUGAUAAAACUACUGCCACAGGAUCCGUUCAGCCGGUACUUUGUGACCGAGGCACAGUUUGAUCUGAGGGAAAUCAAAUUCUACACCAGCAUUCUGCCCGAUUUGAUGGCCUUCCAGGAGCAGCACUUUCCGAAGGAGCACGGCAACAUGGUCAUCUCGGUACCGACCUGCUUCUACACACAGUACGCGCCCGGUGCCGCCACCGGGCGGUUGUCCCUGGUGAGUCCGGAUCCACCCGAGAGCAUCCUGGUGCUGGAGGAUAUGCGUUCGCUCGGUUUCAGGGGAGCAAACUUCACCACGGGCCUUACGCUCGGUCAAACGGAGGCAGCCAUACGUGCCAUCGUCACGAUUCAUGCCCUAUCGUUGGGGCUUAAGAUCAAAAAGCAGGUUGAUCUGAAUGAAAAGUAUCCGUUUCUCUUUCAAACAACGAGGGCAACGGAAAGCUAUCAGCAGCUGGUGGAGCAGGGAAUGCCUCAGCUGACCAAGUUCCUCGAGCGGACGCCCGGCUAUGGGAACGAGCUGAAAGCGCUCACUAAAAUUCGCCCCAAAACGAAGCAACUGAUCGAAACGCUCCUGCAGCCGAUCGAACCGAUGGGACUGAUCACACACACCGACUUCUGGUGCAACAACUUGCUGUUCCGCAGCGAGAGCGAUCGCACCGAUAGCUGCACCGUCCUCGACUGGCAGAUGGUCACGUACAGUCGGCCGACGAACGACCUGGCGCUGCUGCUGAUCUCUUCCCUACCGUCCAGUACCCGGCGCCAGCAUACAUCGCGGCUGCUCGAUCUCUACUACGGGGCGCUCAAAACCUACUGCCUUAAGAUGGACGUCGACAUUGAGGCCGAGCUCGGAUACAGCCGCAACAAGAUGGACUGCGAGUACCGGCAGUCGCUGCUGCUGGCGCUCCUACUGUGCAUCGGUUCGGUGGACAUAGCGAUCGGAAAUGGCGCGGCCGAACAGCGAUUGCUGGACGUGCUGCGUGACUUCCACGACGAAGGCAUCCUCGGGCUCGAGGGCUGCGCGUAGAAGGGAGGCGGCGUGCACAAAUCACCUCGCUAUUUGCAUCCAUCCAAUCUCAAUCCAUCCGUCAGAGCCGCAGAAAGACCGACACCGGCCAAGUGACACGCUAUUCACACCACUGCAAACGGCAAGUGCACCGCGGCAAUGCUACCCUAGGCCACUACCAGGUGUAAAUGAGCGUAUCGUUAGUGUUAGUUUGGGCCACAGUUUUCUCGAGCAAAGCAAACGAUUUGCCUUCCGUCUAUAGAUAGUUCCGGAUUUUAGAUUGUCAUGCCGUAAGGUCUUUGGUGGGGCACAUUAAACUAUGACCUUCAGCAGGGUUACAAGAUG